AUGUCGUCGUUCGACAGCAAGGAGGUCGACUACAGCUGGCUGCACGAUGACCAGGUGUACGAGGACGAAAGCUUGAGUCCAGCCUUCAUGUCAGAUGACGAGGAGACCGACUUGUUGCGAGAUAGGGACAGCAGAACGGCGGCGAGUGGUUUUCUGUUGGAAGAAGUCGAUAGAACGUCUUCACCGCCUCCUGCACCGGCAUCCCCUGCCGACAAACAAAGUCUGACGAUUAGAAAGACACCAAUCGAAGAUCCUUCAUCACACACAAUCCCACAACGAGCAACGAUUGCCGCAUUACCCUUCGUCCUCCGCCGCGAACACUCCCGCGGCGCCUCCAUAUCCCUCUCACUACCCCAAUCCCCAUCCUACCAUCAAACCCCGCCCCCCGACUCCCUACCCACUCCACCACCCCCCUGCCGCUCCCCAACAACACAAUCACCAACUCGCCACCUGCCACCCCACAUAAUCAACCUCAUCCUGUCCCACCUCUCCCACCUCCCCACCGUCGCCGCCUGCACAACAAUCUCCAAAUCCUGGCUACCCCCCGCCCUACACCACCUCUACACCCGCCCCUGCUUCCCCACCACCAAAAACUUCCACGCCUUCACCCAAACCCUCUCCCAAACCACCCACGGCGCCCUCGUCACCCACCUAAACAUCCCCCCCUGGCUCGCCGACAGCGUACCCCUGGGCGACCUCGACGUAUUACUCCAACUCUGCCCGAAUGUGCAAGAGUUCACUCUGGAGGGCGGGAUCGGGGUCAGCAAUGUACUUGUGCAGAGCAUUGCGGAUAAUCUGGGCAGCUUGAGGACAGUAGGGUUGCGGGGGUGCCCUGUGACCGAUGCGUUGGUUCCCGCCUUGAUGGGGGGGUGUAAGAUGUUGGAGGUUGUGGAUCUGUCGUACACGCAGGUUUCGGUUGACGGGACACUUGCCUGCGUCCUACACCACGCCGCGAAUCUACGGCGUCUGGAAUUGGAGGGCUGUUCGGCUACCUCCUCCGCCAGCCCUAUCCCCGACAUCACGCUUUUGGACCCCCUCCAACUGCAAACACUCAACCUCCGCGCAACACCCACCACCGACACCCUCGUCCGCCGCAUCGCGAAGCAUAUGCCCCACCUGCACGCGGUAACACUCGACUCGUGUUUUGACAUAUCCGACGACGCCAUCUUCGCCCUCGCGCGCUCCUGCAGCGCUGCGUUGACGUAUCUGGAUGUAUCGUUCUGCCCGUUGGUCACGGAUCUGUCCCUAUUCGCCGUCGCGCAAUACAAUAAACGCAUCGAGACGGUGAUUGUGAGCGGGUGUGCGGUGACGAAUGGCGGGGUUGAGAGUGUCGUGAGGGAGUGUGAAGGGUUACGGAGGGUCGUGUUGCAUGGGUGUCAGGGGGUGGAGGGGUGGGGUGGGCGGUGGGAGGUCCCCGGGGGCCCGGAGGGGGUGAUGAGGGAGUUGGUGGGGGUGGGGACGGAGGGGCUGAGGGCGUGGCUGGGUGGUCGAUCGAAAGGCGUUGCGCCUGCUGCGGAGGAGAUGAGCGUUGAGGGGAUGGAUACGUCUCCGGUGGCGCUGAGGGAUGACGCGUUGACGAGGAGAACGACGCUCGACCGAGGCACGCAGACUGAAGAUUCAGGACAGCGUGCGGAACGCACACAUACCGCCGCCGCCGCCGCCGCUGCACACUCGAACACGGAAACGACGGAAGCGGCGACGAACGUCAUCAUGAAACUCGCGGAAGCCAUGGCGGCCGGGCUGUGGUCACCCCACCACCAGAUCAACCACCCCGUUACAAAUGGACACGCGUACGGAUCGUACCCGCUCGCAUGGCAUCCGCCUCCCGGGGUACACUAUCAACAAUUUCAGCAGCAGCAGCAGCGGACGAUGCAUCGAAUGUCGCGCGAGACCGUCACGUCGACGCAGAGCAAGCGGACGGAACGCACCGAGUUGUUGUCGGAUGACGAACGCGGGGUCAUGUGGGGGCGGGAUGCCGAGGACGCUGAACCUCCAGCGAAGGUGGAGAAAGCGCCAUCGGAGAGGCAGGGCGUGAAGAGGACGAGUAUGAUACCGGCGUUGAAGAGGAGCGUCACGGCCGGGUCGUCCGGGAUCCCUGUGCCGAGGAACGGGUCGGUUUCGGGAUCGAAAGCGGGGGGAACUGCGAAGACCGGGGUCGGCUUGUUUCCCUCCCCGCCCAUCUCCCCGCCUCCGGCCACUCCCGCUGCGAACACCCCGAGGACGGCGAGGACGGGUAUACCGCUCGCGAACCCACCCUCACCACCGCAGCAGCAGAAGAGAUGGUCGACCACCUCCUCUGUGACAUCCAACACCUCAACACGCUCACGGAUCCCGGCGCCGACGCCUGUGAAGGGGAUUUCAAGGCGGCUGUCGUCGAACACGGUUCCGGGCCCUGCUAGAGGGGAACCCGCGGCGGGGGUGAACGGAGCCGGGAUUGGCGACGGUGACGCACUGCCGAGCGUCGUGAAGCGCAGGGGGCUGGUGGUGACGAGGAAGCCGUCGGGGAUGUUCGGGAAGGCCGUCGUCACAGCGUCUGACGCUUCCCUCUCUGCAUCAUCGCCGACACUCACGACGACGACGAUGAUACGACAUACCGCGCAGAAACCCACCCCGAACGGAUCAAGCGCAGAACCGAUGUACAAACCCCGCCUGUUUAGACGGUUCAACACCGCCCCGGGGGAUAUCACGACCACCACACUGAUGCACCAUGACCUCCGCGCCCCGACACCACCCCCGACGGCGCCUUUGCCGCCCGUGCCCGUGGAGGCGGGCGUGUCGCACGCGGGGAUGCGCACACCGCGGCCUAGCACGCCAGUGAAUCCGAUCGCGAACGGGGGGAGUGGGAGGAGCACGCACAGUGGGGCAAGUGGGGCGAGUGAGGCGAGCACGCCGACGCGCCCCCCGCCGGCGUCAAGGGUGCGCUGGUCGCAUCAUUUGGAGCCGAGUGCGGUGGGGGUUGGGUGGAUUAGUGGCGGGGAGGCGGGGAUGGAGAAGGAGAAGGGGAGGAGGGGGGUUGGGCGGUGA